AUGACGGACUCGAGAUCGUAUGCGGCUUUGCCCCAGAAACGCUCCCGCAAAGGCUGCAAUGAAUGUCGUCGGCGUCACUGGAAGUGCAACGAGGCCAAACCCUCUUGUGGGUACUGCCAAAGUGUAGGCCGACCUUGCGUCUACUCUCGCCAGUUCUCCUGGGGUGGCCGGCCAUUCAAGAAAUCACGUUUCGGCAAGUGUCUUGACUCGGGUGCCACGGCCAUCAGCAUUGCAUCCACAGCUACAAGCAAGGACUUUGUCUAUGGUGUUCCUUCGAUCCCGGUAUAUAAUGAAUCUAGGUGUCAGGAAAGCGCCAUCAUAACCACGCCCAAUGUGAUACGGAGCGACUUGCAAACCAGUGGCUCUCAGAUACCAAAAUUCACCGCAACUGGGGUUGAGCCUAUCGGGCGCAACGAUCUCGAUGAACCGUCCUCCUCUUUGAUGCCUACUCCGGAGCUUCAUAUUCUUAGUAUAGCGCCCUCUGUUCCUCCGCACCUAAGCUCUCUGUUCGACUACUUCAUCCACGGAAUGACCGUGUCAAUUUCCUGCCAUAAAGGCAUUCAAGACAACAUCUGUUCGAACAUUGUUCCCAUGGCUUUGCAAGUCCCUCACCUCAUGUCAGCCGUAUUUGCCCUCGCCGCUGCACACCGGCCAUCGUCCGACCUUAGCCAAGAAAAUUGCCAGUUUGAGUUGAUGCGAGGCAGGAGCCUGAAACAGUUGAGAUCUGCUUUGAACUAUUUCGACCCAUCUGCGAACGAUCAGGUUCUUGCAACAAUGCUUAUUCUGUGCAUGGCCGAGAUUAUUUCGCCCACCUCAAGCAUGCCUUCUUGGAGACUACAUCUCCAAGGUGCCUCUGCCUUGCUUGCACAGCGUCACAAUACUGGCGACGAAACGGGCCACUCCUCCACGAGUCUCUUUCUGAGAAGAAAAUACCAGGCUCUACAAGCCAUUGCCUUGGCAUGCGGUUCAAGAAGCUACGCCGGAAAUAUAUCACUUUCGCCUUCUUGCGGAGCGGAUGCUCGGAUCGACGACCUAGCCGGAUAUUCCACACACUUGCUACCAAUAUUCAAAGGAAUCAAUGAUCUAGAGAGAGCUCGAGAAGAACAAAUCUCCAAUUUCGUUUACGAUGACCCUCCUGAUCCACCUCAUUUCGACUGCUCUUCGCCAAUCGAGCACCAAUCCCACCUCCUGUUUGAUCGUGUCCGAGCAUUAUUGGCAACAAGAAAGAUGGUAAAGACAAUCCAGAACGCUGAGCUCCCAUGGGCUGUCUAUCACGACUUAUAUUUGCUCGACGAAGCCUACCAUCACAUGGCGAUACUUCAGAUUUUCCGCCGUGGGGCACUGUGCGUUCCUCGUCGGCUAAUCGAGGAGAGCAAACAGAGGAUCCUGAUGUGCCUUUCAUCAAUGACGUAUCAAGCCAGCCCGUGUCCUGGCGUGGCCGCUUUACCUCCAUUAUUCGCGGCGGGUUGUCUGUGUUCUAAUCCAUCAGACAGGGAGAUGAUCCGCCGUCUCUUGAAGACCCUAUGGAUGAACUUUGGAAUGGGUAAUGUCCGAGCAUGUCAAACGUUGCUUGAAAGAUUAUGGAAACAGCAAGAUCAGAUCCAGGCGAGUUCGGAUCCUUUCGUGGUCCAAGAAUGGCAAGGUAAGAUUCACUAUCCAUGA